AAUUUAUCGAUUAAAAAAAAAAGAAACACAUUUAUAUUUUAUUCGCUAAAACGAUCUAAGUUCAUAGUUUAGCUAUUUAAAUAAAACUAUUAAGCAAUGGAUAACUUUUUGCUAUAUUCUGCUGAACAGCAGCAAAUGUGCAACGCUUUUAGAAAUGCCUCUGCAACAUUUUCGAAUCCGCAUGCCGUGGAUCUUAUGAAUGGUGUAAACUUUGGCUACGGGCCGCAAGCUGGGCCACAAUUCCAAGCAUUCAAUGAGGAAUAUGACGAUGAUGAGGAUGAAGAGCAGAUGCGCACCUUGUUCUGCCAUAAUUUGGACGAGCGCGUUACAGAAGAGAUUCUGUAUGAAGUAUUUCUACAAGCUGGCCCCAUUGAAAGCGCACGUAUUCCUUUGGAUAAUACCGGACGACAACGGAAUUUUGGUUUUGUUACAUAUCAACACAGAAGUGCAGUGCCGUAUGCAGUAAAGCUGUACCAAGGAUUGGAGCUGUUCCACAAGAAGGUCUCAAUUAGGUCGCAAUCGGUUCGCCCACGACAUGGGUCCUCCGGCAGUGCCACUAAAUGAUCAUGUCGGUCCGAGGCAUUCUCGUCACAGCAUCCAUGAUAACAAAAACAAACUUAAUAGAGAUGAUAUAAGGCGACAAUCGGAUGAGGGCAAUCGACGUAGAAUGCAUCAACAACAUCCCCUUAACAGCAGUGAAGGUAAUCGACAAUCUGAUCGAGGCUAUAGUCAUGGCAAGAAAUGAUUGCUUUGAGAUUUAGGAGAGUUAUCAAAGAAUGUAUACAAAUAAAAUAACAUUUAU